AUGUCAGGGCUUAGUAGCGGCGGCAUGGAGCCGGAAGAGCCAAACAGCAAAGAAAAGAAGAUAAAUGAUGAAGUUAUAUCAUUUUUACUAAAGCGCAGUGAACAUGACAUACCCCAAUACUGUACUCGAAUAAAGACCUACCUAGAUGUUAAAAGAAGGCGCCAGCGGGCCAAUGAGGCGCGACGCAAUACUGAGAAUGAAAAAACAAAGAAGAAAACUGAAGACACAAAAGACAUAAACGCAGAGGACAACGCCUUUGUGGGCAACGAUGACGAUCGUGGGAGCAAAAGGAGUUGCCGUGUAAAAGGCGAGCGCUCCCGUCCCGAGUCACGUAAGCAGGAGCCCGUUGACCGCUGCGGUCGGCGGAGGCGCCGUCGAUCAUGUCGUCGUAGACGCAGGCGCAGUUGUAGUCGGCGCCGACGCCGUCGACGCCGUCGCAGCUGUAGUCGCCGCCGCCGGAGAAGAAGCUGUCGACGCAAAAGACGCCGAAACCGCCGCUGUGGAUGUCGUUAA